AUGGCGACGACAGGGCGGACGAUGGGUCGGUGCCACCCCAGCCACUCUUUGUCGUCCUUUGAAUCCCCCGCCGACAGUUUGUUCGACACCGGUGUCUCAGGAGCGGCUGGGGUGGUGCUGGCUGUUGCCAACGCCGACACAAACGCAAGGAAGACUACCCGGUUGUGUGUUAUUUUCCGGUCGGCUGGCUUCCACUUAACCACAAAGUUCAUCCAACAAGUUGCCAUGUACUCGUCACGUUUGCUUGCUGUUUUGGCCUUUGCGGCGUUGGCCACUGCCGCCACCACUUCCCCUGAGAGUCGUCCCUCCUCGGUCUCUGUAGCAGACCGCACGGUGAAGGAUGCCCAGGAGUGGUUGACAGUGUACCGCCCCAUCAUCUACCGUCCCAUCAUCUAUCGCCCCGUGUUCAACGCCCCCCCUGCAGUCGCGUUGCCUCCAGUUAUGCGACCUCGUUAUGGAAACGUCGUGGUGGAUCAUCCAGUGGUCCGCGUCGCGACUGUGGGCGAGGGUGCCAAGGCAGCGGAACAAGGUGCAAAGGCGCAGUCGAAUUAG